UUCGGAUAGGGACGCCAUCACUUUCAGCCAUGGAGAAGCUUUUGCUACUUAUGUGUCUACUAUAUAUGCUGGUGUGUUUGAGUACCGGUCAGCACCAUGUACACGCACCUGUCGCACCAUGGAGGCACCGGUUUCAGUGGGAGAAUAACGGGCAAGUGUAUAGUUUACUGAGCACGGGGACUCAGUACCGCUUACCCACGCAGACUAGAAGACGCACUCAGCUCUUAUUGACAACAAAAAACAACUUUAACGGACUUCACCCUCCUGCUGCGCUCAGCAGAUCCAGCAGAGUCAGAUCUGGAGAGGCAGCAGGAGGUCACUCUCCACGAAACGACCUCUUUCAAAUGGAUGCAUCUGUUCUUGGAGCUGAUGCAGGACAAUAUUUACUCGCCUCGGGACAACCCGGGACUCAAGGUCGGUCCACACUGCGCGUCACCACCAACAGAGAAGCUGCGUCUGUGGGAGACCGUGCACAACAUACAGCACCUAACGCUAGCGCCGCUGCUGCUUUUGCCACGUUCCAGGAAUUCUCCGGCAGCGGGGUCCCACGGGGAGGCCGGACCGCACCUGGAGUUGACGCCGGCGCACCACAGGCCACUGCGUCACCCGUGAGAUCUCCGAGCUUUACGCACAGCCGAAGCGAUAGGUUAAGAUCUGAGAGCUCAGAUUCAACUGCCCGGUCACCAGCCACAGGUGGAUGGGUCACUAUGUAUGAGGAUAUUGGGAAUACUCAACGUGUACCGCAGAGGACAAGAUUAGGAGACCCUCACAGUGCGCAAGGAGCGCAGUCACUGACCAGAAUCAUUCCGGAGUCCCCCACAGCCCUGUCCAGCAACGCCGUGGAGAUUCACGUUCCACGAACGGAUACGACACAGACUGAAACUAGAGACCCACAAGAUCCACACAGUAUUCAUCACAGGAACUCGGUUUUCUACAACAUUUAUCCUGCAGACCGCAGGAACAGGAUCGUGCGCCCUCCAGCAGGCUUUGGAACCAGGCUCUUUCACAAUGGCCUCCCUGACUUGGUUCCUGACCCAUACUACAUCCAGGCUGCCUCUUACAUCCAGAGAGUGCAGAUGUAUGCUCUGCGCUGUGCUGCUGAAGAGAACUGCCUGUCCAGGUCUGCGUAUCACUCGAGUGUGAGGGACCUGGACUACAGGGUGCUGCUGCGCUUCCCUCAACGGGUCAAAAACCAGGGAACAGCAGACUUUCUCCCCAUGAAGCCUCGGCAUGAGUGGGAGUGGCACAGCUGUCACCAACAUUACCACAGCAUGGAAGCAUUCAGUAACUAUGACCUGCUGGAUGUUUCCACUGAGCAGAAGGUCGCUGAGGGACACAAGGCAAGUUUCUGUCUGGAGGACACUUCCUGCGACCCAGGGACACGCAGACGCUUCGCCUGCACUGCUCACACUCAGGGACUUGGUCCUGGUUGCUAUGACACGUAUCACGCCAACAUCGACUGCCAGUGGAUCGACAUCACUGAUGUACCGCCUGGAAACUACAUACUCAAGGUGACAGUGAACCCGUCUCAGCUGGUUCAGGAGUCAGACUUCACCAACAAUGAGGUGCGAUGUGACAUCAGGUACACAGGGAGCUACGUACAGGCCAGAAACUGUAAAAUAACUGGAAGCUGACCUGGCUGGUAUUGUCCCACUGAUAUAUAAACAUAUUCUCUUCAUAUUGCUCUAAAUGUGUGGCUGCUUCUUUGUUGUGCAGCUGUUUUACACCCAAGUCUCUGCUACUAUAUAAAUUAAUCCGUUUGUAUUUAUGUUUUCUGAUUUAUAGCCAGGCUGGCUAGUUGUUAAGUUGUGUUUUGUAAGAACAUAUUGUACAUUUUUUUUUGUUUUAAAGCAAUGCAAGACUAUAAUGUUA